GUCACUGUUUACGAGAAUUGUAUAGAAUUUCUUACGAAAAACUCGCCAAACUGUCAAAACCUCUGGUUGCGAGACUGAAAAACGACAGCUUGCUGACGCUUGUUGUUUUAACCGCUUUAACCACAAUGUUUCCGAUUGUUUGAGGGGCGAAAAAAGCACGAAAUUUGCUAAAAUGCACCGUCGCGGCGGCAAGAGGAUCCGCCUGGAUGACCCUCCGCCCGAGUAUGACAACCCUAUGACCCCGCACUUGGAGCCGGAGCCCUACGGGGGCAACUACGGGCAUUAUGGAGAUCCGCCCUACUUGGAGCAGGCAGGAACAUCCGGGGCUUCGUCCGACGGCAUGUUUGAGUCGCCUCCUACUCCAGGAAUGGGGCGCAGAAUUACCAGGGCCAGAGCUCGAGGCAUUACCAACCCGCCACCGUUGCCCAUGUCUUAUUCGCCUCCGCCAGAGAAGCCUGGACGGGGCCGGGGCCGCGGCAGGCCUCCAGGGAGGAAAAACAACGCCACUGUUGACCUGCAUUUUAGGGUUGAUCUGGAUGAUGACUCGCUUUACAACGUGAUCAAGAGCGGCAGAGUAUCGCUGACUAAUGUAGUUGAUGACUGGAUAGAGAGCUAUAAGGUAAACAGAGAGGCGGCUUUGAUCUCGCUGAUGCAGUUCUUUAUCAAUGCUGCCGGUUGCAAGGGGCGAAUCACACAAGAGAUGCAGGCUCAGAUGGAGCACGCGGCGAUUAUCCGAAAAAUGACCGAAGAAUUCGACGAGGAAUCUGGCGAAUACCCGCUGAUAAUGGCCGGCCAGACUUGGAAAAAAUUCAGGCAGAAUUUUUGUGAAUUCGUGCAAACGCUGGUCAAACAGUGCCAGUACACGAUCAUCUAUGACCAGUUUCUAAUGGACAAUGUCAUCUCGUUGCUGACCGGACUGUCCGACUCGCAAGUGCGAGCUUUCAGACAUACAGCUACUUUGGGCGCUAUGAAGCUGAUGACGGCGCUAGUGGACGUGGCGCUGACCGUUUCUAUUAAUCUGGACAACACACAGCGCCAAUACGAGGCGGAGCGCCAAAAGUCGCGCGAAAAACGCGCCAGCGACCGCCUUGAAGCCCUGCUGGGCAAACGGCAGGAGCUGGAAGAGAACAUGGACGAAAUCAAGAACAUGCUCACGUACAUGUUCAAGUCGGUGUUCGUGCAUCGAUACCGGGACACUCUUCCGGAAAUCCGGGCGAUUGCUAUGACGGAAAUCGGCGUCUGGAUGCACAAGUUCCAUGCCAAUUUCCUCGACGACUCCUACUUGAAAUACAUUGGCUGGACGCUGCAUGACAAAGUGGGUGAAGUGCGCCUCAGAUGCCUCCAGGCCUUGCAGCCGCUCUACGCAAGCGAGGAGCUAAAGGGCAAACUGGAGCUUUUCACCAACAAGUUCAAGGAUCGCAUCGUCGCGAUGACUCUGGACAAGGAGUACGAUGUGGCAGUUCAGGCCGUUAAGCUGGUAAUCUCCAUUCUCAAGCACCAUCACGAGAUCUUGACGGAUAAAGAUUGCGAGCACGUCUAUGAACUGGUCUAUUCGUCCCAUCGAGCAGUAGCGCAAGCAGCCGGCGAGUUUUUGAACGAGCGCCUCUUCCAGCCAGGGGACAUGGAUGCGGGAAAAACUCGCAGGGGAAAACGCCGGCUUCCCAACACGCCCUUCAUAAGGGAUUUGGUGCAGUUUUUCAUCGAGUCCGAACUGCAUGAACAUGCCGCAUAUUUGGUGGACUCGCUCAUUGAGUCAAACACCAUGAUGAAGGACUGGGAGUGUAUGACUGAUUUGCUGCUCGAAGAGCCCGGGCCCCAAGAAGAACCGUUGGAUAACCGACAGGAAACCAGUCUGAUCGAGAUAAUGGUCUGCUGUGUGAAACAAGCGGCGACCGGGGAAGCGCCGGUGGGGCGCGGCCCCAACCGGAAAGUCUCCUCAUUGCGCGAAAUAAAGCAGACUGGCGAAGACAAGCAGAAGCUGACCGAGCACUACAUCGGAACCCUGCCGCCGCUGCUGGACAAAUUUUCGGCCGAUCCCGAGAAACUGGCCAACCUGCUCAGCAUCCCGCAACACUUCGACCUGGAUCUCUACACGAGUGGGCGGCAGGAAGGAUCGCUUCAAGCGCUGCUUGCCAAACUGAAGUACAUUGUGCAAGUAUUGCACGAACCGGAGGUGUUGGAAACGCUCGCUAAAACUUUGGAAAUCCUUUGCACGGAAGGCCAUUCGAUCUACACCCGAUGUGAUGUCGCCAGGUCCACGAUCAUCGACGUGAUCGUGUCCGCUUACAAAGAGGCGAUUGAUGAUUGGCGCAAUUUGCUGUUGGGCGAAGAAACGCCCAACGCCGACGAGAUCUUCAACGUGGUCAGUUCGCUGAAGAAGGUGUCCAUGUUCUACGCCUGCCACAACUUGAACCAGUGGGACUUGUGGGAGACGCUGUUCCAGGAUUUUAAGGACGUGGAAAGUACGCUGCCCGAAGAGGCGCUCAAAUACUGUCUGAGCUCCUGCUACUACCAUCUGUUGUGGGGCCUGCGGGACUUGGAGGCGGCGCAAGAACGGGGCAGCCUGCAACAUUCGGAUGUGCAGGAUUUGCGCGAUAAGCUGGAUCAAUUUAUUGAAGCCUCGCAGAUGCUGAUCCGGGCCUCGCCGCAUGUUGCCAUCAAGGCCGAGGCCUACAUGGGGCUGUGCGACUUGCUGAUAGUGUUCAGCGAGCAGCUCAAGUCGGGCCAUGAGUACUUGGGGGAGCUCUCUUGCGCCCCCAACAAAGAGUUUCAAGAUCUGCUCAAUGAGUUUGUGCAAACAUACGUGUUUGUGCCCGACACGGACAACGACAACGACGAACCCCAGAUCGAAGAGCUGCACAAGCGGCGCAACUUCCUUGCCGCCUACUGCAAGCUGAUUGUCUACAACAUCAUGCCCACUAAGUCAGGCGCUGACGUCUUCAAGAACUACGUCAAGUACUACAACGAGUACGGGGACAUAAUCAAGACGACUCUGGGCAAGGCGCGCGAGAUCAACAAGGUGAACUGCGCCCUCACCAUGUGCCUCAGUCUGAACAUGAUGUUCAACGAAAUCCAGAGGGCCGCCGCCCGCAACAUGCGUCAGCAGGAGGAAUUCUUUGCCUUAAAGGAGCUGGCCAAGCGGUUUGCGCUGUCCUUUGGGCUGGACGCCCUGAAAAACAGGGAAGCCAUCACGGCUCUGCACAGGGCGGGGAUUUUGUUCGCGGUCACCGGCGCUGAAAACGCCGAAGACCCAACCGGGCCGCCCCCCAAUUUGCCCUUCUUGGAAAUCCUUGCAGAGUUCACCAACAAGCUACUGAAACAGGAUAAGAAGGUGGUGAUGACUUUUCUGGACCGUCGAAUUCACACGGGAAUGCCAAGUAGUAGAGGAGAGGACUGGCAGCCUUUGCAGCUUUAUCGCAACUCGCUGUUGCAUGGCGAAACUGAUCAGUUGCCCACAACAAGCAAGAGAGCGUAUGGGAGAAAGCGGAAGGAUCCAGAAUCGGAUCACGACGACGAUACCCUGUCUGACCAGGAAUUUCCAGGAAACCUGUAUGGCUGAAGCGACUUGAUUUUGGUCAAGAGCGUCAGCCAAACCGGUAUCCAGUACUCAUUGGUGUUCUUUUGUGCUAUUUGCGCGGCCCGAAACCGUGUCUGGUUUCUCAGUUUUUUCUACCUUGUUUCCAACGGUUUUCUAAUCAAUAUAUUGGAAGUUUCCGAAUAAAACACACGUCUACUUGUUUA